AUGCAUCCCACCGAAGAGAAAGAGCACAGACAACUGAACAGCAAUCAAUGUUUCCCGCCACCCUCCUCACAGCCUACAGCUGACGGGGACUUCCGGUGCGGAAUCUGCAACAAGACAUACAGUCGACGUGAUUUGCGGGAUAGGCACCGUCGUCGAUGCAUCAAGAACAUUGGUCAGGAACGUCAGUCGAAGCGGAAGUCUUGUGAUGCCUGUGCUCAGAAGAAGCUGCGUUGCUCUAUGACUCGACCUUCUUGCAGCCGGUGCCUACAAAGUCGAAGGCCCUGCGUUUAUCCGGCAUCCUGCGUUCCUGUAACAGCAUCCGAGUCUGUCAUGCCUCAGGAAACCUCUGACCAGGCCACCACUUCACCCCUCGCCUCUCUCUAUAUUCCGCUGACUCUGGCUCCUGGAAAUGGGCCGUGGGCGCUGUCAGCACCACCUCUGGAUACCUCAACUAAUCCUGAUGACAGUUCGAGGUCUCCUUGGAGUCCCGCCACUUCUACCAAUGUGGACUUUUUGACUCACGGCCACGGUGACAGCUCCGUAUUUCCGACGCAAACUCACUGGCCCUACGAAUCACCUGCUGGCUCUGAUUAUUUGUCUGCGCAGCCUGACGCCUAUCAAUUGAAUGACCACCUCCCUGGCCUCAUCGAUGACUAUUUUGGUCACCAAUCACGGUUGCCAUAUCAUUCGCAGCAUGGAACUACCGCAUCAUCACCUGCGGCCAUGAUGCCGCCGACGCCAGCAACAUUUUCGAGCGACACGUAUUCGCUGAAUAAUGGGUUUACGAUGGCAUCGCUAUCUUCUGCCUAUACUGAAUAUGCUUGGAGCGAGGGAUUCUCGACAUAUGAUGAGGAUGAGAUCUUGCCUCUAACUGCAUAUCCCGAGACAGUGUCGGGCACUCUCUUUGGCCAGUGUCUUAUCCCCAAAGAGAGCAAUUCCUCUGGUAGUAGUGCCGAUGAUGUGAUACAGGACAUGGUCAGCCUGCUGAGAGAGUAUCCUGGGGUUGCACUGCAGCAGAAGCUGAUCUCCCCGUUUUUACAUCCCGAGUUGCAUGCUGAAGCCAUGCAAACGCUGAAAGAGCCUCCGGAAAAUACGCUGGCUACUCUGUCAGCUUAUGUCACCCGUGCGGAAUCUUACGAGAGGGCUCACGGUGGCGCCGGCGAUUUCGACCAUUUCCGCCGUGGGAUGGAGAGCUGUAUUACUCCCCUCCACACCCUCUGCAUCUACCAGAUACUCGAUUUGAUUGACGAUACCUGUCUACCCAAUCUGGCUAGUGCAAGGCAGGGCUCUGACCCUUCCAACCACGGAGCAGGGCUGGUCCAGCGCCUAUGCAUUGUUUACGGGGGUCCUCUCCAGACCUCUCACGAAGAAGAAACCGACUGGACGCGCUGGAAAUUCAGCGAGUCGCUGCGCCGAAACAUCUAUUUCGUGCACAUCAUCCACACGCUGGCGACGAGGACACAUCAUCUUCAUGGCCAUUCUUCUUCAAUUGGGGGAGUGGUCUACUCUUACCCCCUCUUCCAAGCUGAAAUACUACUGCAACUGCCCCUACCGGCUCCGGAAGAGAUGUGGCUGGCGCGCAGCGAGGAGGAGUGGAUGAUCGCACGCGCGCAAUCCCUGCGGCCCUGGACGGGGAACCUCCUGAGCGGCGCUAUGCCUCCCCGUCCGCGGACGCUGCAGCAGUGGUUGAUCCUAGACGAGAUGGGCAGUAGUGGCAGUAUGUCAUCGUUGCCGUCCAUCACCCGGAUGAUCCUAGCCUGCAUCAGGGUCAACAACGACUUGCCGGCGGCGGCAUGA